AUGUCGUGUAUAUCUCAUUAUCUUCAGCGCGCGCCAUUAAUGUUUGUUCACUUGAAUCUUGUCCCCAACAACACAAACAUGUCUUUGACAUAUAAUACGCAGUCAUUUCAACCGCAGGCUCUUAGUACCGGUUUCGUAUCAAGAGUCACAAAGGAUCCUGAUAGUGCCAUUAUUGUGAAUAAUGUCCCCCAAGAACGUUCUGCAAAGAGAAAUGCACAACAAAUUAACUACGCAGAGUUUGAUAAUGUUAAUGAUGACUUUGAAUAUGAAGAAGAUGGGAACCUAUCUGCAACUACCUACCCAAGUGCAAAUACGCAUAUUACAGCAACUGUUCAGAAGCAUUUAUUGAAACCUGCAAGGUUGGCUAGGUCGUCAGAAAUAUUUACGGAUGACAUUUUUGCUGACGUCUCUCAGAAAAUGAUGCCCGAAGCUUUGAUUCCCAUCAAACUAAACAUCGAAUAUAAUGCUGGUGCGUCUAAGCUAGUUGACUUUUUCAUGUGGAACGUGAACGAAAGCUUGAUAACACCAGAACAAUUUGCUUCUCUUCUUUGUUCAGAAUUGGAGUUGCCCAAUCUGAUUCACCUGGACAUUGUAGAUUCCAUAAACAAGCAGAUUGAGGACUAUAAUUUUGUCAAUAACGCACAGUUACCCCCAGGAAAUGAGUAUCAUGUGAUUAUUGAUAUUUCAGUGAAUUUGGAUAAAAAACUUUAUGAAGACAAGUUUGAAUGGGACCUCGUACAAACUGACGUAACUCCUGAAAAGUUUGCCGAAAUUGUCGUUGCUGAUUUAGGUUUAUCACUGGAAUUCAAACCCGCCAUUGCCCAUAGCUUACAUGAAAUGUCACUUAGAUUGAAAAAGGAACUAAUUGAUGGCACAUACAAUCACGAACUUCACAAAUAUCAACAGCUUGCAGGACUAAUAUUUGAGAGGAAUAUCAGAAUUAGAACUGACAGCAGUAUCCACAACGGAAACGCAGUGUGGGAGCCAUUCAUUGAGAUUUUGAGUCCAUGGGAAAUCGAAAAGAGGGAGAUCGAGAGAGAAAGAAACUCUAGGCGACUCAAAAGAGAAAACAUGAGGAGGGAAGUUGAUGAUUUUAGCGGUAGUAAACGACGUGCAACUACAAGGAGAAGAUUAGAAGAGCUUGACUGGAGGAUUUAG